ACACAACAGCCCAUCAGGGCUAAAGCGCAGUUUGCUGCAGGAUCUGUACAAUGACAGAGCCAUGGAGCGUCUGCAGGUCAUUCUGUCUUCUCUCUCUCCUUCUGGUUCUGAAGACCCGCGCCGCACAUUCGGCUCCAGAUUUCACUCAUCUUUCAGUGUAUCUCCACACCAUUCUGAAGAACCACACUGCUCACGCCUGUGAGGGAGAGACGCUCGCCAUCGAGUGUCCGUCCAGGACGUCUGUGGCCGUGCUGUCGGCUUUUUAUGGCCGACGUGUUCCCAGUCAACAUUUAUGUCCCUCUGCCGGCACCAACAGCACGGUGGAGGAGGAGGAGGACACGGAGUGCACCUCCCCUGUUGCUAUUGAGAAAGUGCUGUCAGAGUGUCAGGACAAGAGGUCAUGUCACAUCCCAGUGCUCAGCCCAGUGUUCGGACAGGACCCCUGUCCUCUCACCAGCAAGUACCUGCUGGUCUCCUACAAGUGCCGACCAGAGCAUCACCGCACAAGACUGGUGUGUGAAAAUGAGCGCCUGAGGCUGAUGUGUAAAAAUGAGACUGUCCUCGCUAUCUACUCUGCUACAUUUGGACACCUGCUGCAUGGCAGUCCUCACUGUCCUCAGGACCUGGGACCACAGACUGACAUGGAGUGUUUGUCUCCUCUGGCUCUGAGGAAAGUGUCUCGCAGAUGUCACGGCAGAUCAAACUGUUCUGUCCUGGCCGAUACUCAAACCUUUGGGGACCCCUGCUUCCCCGGUACCAGGAAGCACCUGCGGGUGUCCUUCACUUGUGUGCCUCGAUAUCUCCUGGAAGACGUGGGCCGUGGGUCGACGGAUCCUUUCCUGAUCUCGGACUACACUCACGGUGGAUGGUACACUGGCCCCACCUACAGGCCUCAAAACGUGCUCUUUACCAACUCUCUGGAGAUCAUUGAAAAAAUGUUAGGUCUUCCAGAGCGAGUGGCUCUGUACUUUGUGUCUGGUAUCUGUGCUGGCCUUGUCUUCCUGCUCUGUCUGUUUGGGGUUCGUUCCACAGUGGUACGAGAUGUCAAAGAUCUUGUUUCUGACCUGAGCGAGGAGCUGAAAGCAGCUCGGAGAAACCGCAAUGAGCUCAUGGAGGACCUGUACGACGACGAGGUCUCCGACACGUCCUCCUUCCGGCGCCUCACACAGUCCUACCGCACCACAGACAUCCUCAGUCCGUCCACGCUGGCGGUUGAGAUGGUCGAUUGUCAGGGGGAGCAGACAAGGAGGGAUCUGCCCAAUGGAGACAUGUGGCCACAUCGGGACUCCAGCCCAUACGCCAUCCACAAGAUUCAAACCUACAGCAACUGAAAGAAGCCAUGUUGGCUUACCUACGUCAUCAUUC